UCGAAAAUGAACAACUGAAAGCUUUGAAAGACGAUAAAGAGAAAAGAAGAAUUGUUGUUGUGGCGCGAGAACGCCUCAGAAAAAAAUAUUUCCAACGUUGAUGUAAUGGUGGGAAGCUUUGGAAGUUUUGAAUUAACUUUUGGAGAUUCAACUUCAGAACAUCCUUUAUCUUUAGCAAAUAUUUUGAAAGGGGCAAUUAUUUUGGCUGUUUUUAUUCUUUUACUUUGCACGGCAUUAUCGAAUAUAAUUAUUUUAUGGUGUCGAUUUAAUGAUGUUAUUAGCCAUUAUUUGAUAAGCCUCUCAAUAGCUGAUUUAUUAUGUUCUCUUUUGAUUGUUCCUUUUAGUUUGUAUAGUUCUGUUAGGCCAAAUUGGGCAUUUGCUGGAGAUAAUUCUUUAAUUUGCAAAUGUACUGUUUAUUUACAUUUAGUAUACGAGGCAGUCCAUACUUUAACUCGUUGUAAAUGCUGGAUUUUAUUUUCUUGGAUAACAGCAUUAUUAUUGGCAUGUCCUGUUUUAAUAACAAAAAUGGAGGCAAAUUAUUCAUCCCAUUUAGAGUUGUGCUUGCUCAAUUGGUCUUCAUCUACUUUAGCUUAUUCAUUAACUCUCGGUAUUCUUGUUUGUUUACCUUCACUUUGUACUGUUGCCUUUACUGGUUGUGCUAUUUUUACAGCAAUGCAAAAACCUGAUGAAUUAGAAGAUAUACAAAGAAGUAUUUUAGAAACUGAUCAAAAUUUUGUUAUAAGUAAGAUUAUUUUUUUAUUAAAAUUAAUAUUCUAA